UUCACUGCGUCUCUUAAUUUCGGAUGAAGGGAAUGAGAAGGGGGUGGGGGGGAUUUUAAUCACUCCUGUCGCUUUAAGGACACUUAUCAGAGCCUUCUUAUGCGAAUAGAAAAUACCACGAGCCACCGAGCAGCCAAAGGGACGGACCGGAGUGGAUUUAUAGGAAACUCAACAUUAUCUCAACUGGAAUAGACCGCUUCAUCGCCUCAUGGAGUUUGGCCACACACUGGAUGUCUUAUUCGGAUCAUUUAGGGAAUAUUGCGCAUAAGUAGCUCUCGGACUUGGGAUCCGUGUGAAGCGCAGAGAUGAAUAUGGGGAUUAUUCACUCACCCAGCAGACAGCACCGAUAGCCUGCGUACUUUCCUGGGCAGGCGUGUUUGUUUCGGACGGAUAGUAUCCAGAGCUCAGUGUCUGACAGCCCUGGAUCAUGGAUCGGGGAGGUGGAAAACAACAGCGACAUGAUUCUCUGUCUGCGGCAUGCAGAGAGCCCCGGCUGUAACAUCGCUUCUUAUUAUUCCAACAAAAGUUCCGAAGCGGCUGUACGGCGUAUAUUUUAACUAUUUCACCGUGUUUUGCACCUGCUUUAGCGGACACCGCGUCGACACAGUGCGGAUUCGUGGCAAAAUAACGCGUCUUCCCACCGCCGGGAGUGGGAUACUUGAACAUUUAUCGUAAUGGAGAUUGGAGAGGUUUACACUGAAGGUCAUUGAGUGUUAUUAGGCUGUGUUUGUUAUUCACGCACAGCGCUAUCUUUGCGUUUUUAGCGCGGCAGCCUGCAAUUGUCAGUUCAGUGUGUGUGUUUGUGAGUGUGUGUGUGUGUGUGUGUGUGUGUUGUGUGUGCGCGAGAGUGUGUGCGUGUGUUGUUAUUACACGGUGCAGCCAGGCGAGCCCCCCGCUGUGGAGUUAUAUUUACAUUUCUUUUCGACAACAUGGAUGGGAAAUUGAAGCAGGGGGGUCGCAGGGCCAAGCGGGAGAGGGUGCGGAGGUUGCGGGAGGCAGGAAGCAGAGACAGCCCCAACUCCUCCUGCUCUGACCGGGAGGGAGGACUCAGUCCGGGGAGGGACGCUACCACCCGGCCCGGUAAGAAGGCGCCGCGCCCCGCAGCCGCCGCCAGAGCCCCGCGGCCCCCCCGCAGGAAGAGACGGGAGUCCAGCUCGCAGGAGGAGGACAUCAUUGAUGGAUUUGCUAUCACCAGCUUCAUCAGCCUGGACCGUCUGGAGAAGAAAGUCGGAGUUGUGAAGAUUCAGGAGAAGAAGGAGCGGUGGAAGGAGAAAAAGGUGGCGAAGCGGCAGAAGAAGGAUGACAAGGAGGAGGUGGUGGAGGAGGAAGAGGAGAAUGUGCAGCCAGUUGAAGAUCCUCUGGAGAAAGGCUUCCUCCAUCACGCCCAGCGGGAGGCGGAGAGGAUGACGGAGCGGCUGCUGAAGAGGACCUACUCCAAGAAGAACAAGAUGAUCAAGCCUUUAACGCUACGUCCGGUCAAAGUGAGCGAGGACGAGGCGGUGAAGGAGCUGAGCCGACCGCACAGGAGCAACUCCAAGGAGCAGCUCAUCGAGAGCUCCCCUCACUCGCUGUCAGGCCGCGGCUACUCGGUGCAGCCAGCAGCAGUGGCCCUCCUCAAGUGUGACAGCGAGAUUGACAUUGACGACAAGGUGUCUGAUGUAGGAUCGGAGAAGCUCUUUUCCCCCACCACACCCAAAGGACGCCUGACACCUGUCACUCAGUCCUAUCAGCGCCUGUCAUCUGCCAUCGCAGGUGGUGAUCUCCUAUCGUCACAUUGA